AGAAAAAAAUAGGCUUUUGCGGCACCACAUUGCACUGGCUUUAAUCUCAAAUAUCUGGCUGGGAGCUUAACUCUGUUUAGAAGUCAUUUGCAAAAGAAAAACACACCACACAAAUUACCCGUCUUAGACUGACUGCCUCUCGGGGAUUGAGUAGUUUGGCUGCCAAGUGCGGACUGUGCUGCCGACUCUUUCCUUUUUUGGGUUGAAUUCUUUUCCUGGCGAAGAUGCAACCGUCUGGCCAUUUCUAACGGGAGACCCGCAGAGCUCAGCCGAGAGAAAAUAACGGACAUCCGCAGAGUGGACAAUGACGGGAAGUGACAUGGCUGACGCUCUCGCGAUUGCGACAUGUGAUUGCUGUCACUCACGAUUCGACCCCUCGGAGCGGAUUGUCAACAGCAAUGGGAAGCUGUACCACGAGAAGUGCUUCGUGUGCGCCCAGUGCUUCCGGCAGUUUCCGGCAGGAGUAUUUUACGAGUUUGAAGGCAGGAAGUACUGUGAACAUGACUUCCAGAUGCUCUUCGCACCUUGUUGUGGAUAUUGCGGGGAAUUCAUCAUUGGCCGUGUCAUCAAAGCAAUGAACAAUAACUGGCACCCUCACUGUUUCUGCUGUGAGAUUUGUUCCGUGCCUCUGGCUGACCUGGGCUUUGUGAAAAAUGCAGGAAGGCAUCUUUGCAGACCCUGCCACAACCAGGAGAAAGCUAAGUAUCUCGGCCAGUACAUCUGCCAGAAAUGCCACCUCAUCAUCGAGGAAUUGCAUCUGAUGUACAAAAAUGAUGCCUAUCACCCCGACCAUUUCAACUGCACCCACUGUGGGAAGGAGCUGACUGCUGAUGCUCGGGAGCUGAAGGGUGAGCUGUACUGCCUGCCCUGUCAUGACAAGAUGGGGAUUCCGAUCUGCGGAGCAUGUCGACGGCCCAUUGAGGGGCGAGUGGUGAACGCUCUGGGGAAGCAGUGGCAUGUUGAGCAUUUUGUUUGCUCAAUGUGUGAAAAGCCAUUCCUGGGACAUCGUCACUUUGAGAGGAAAGGACUGGCCUAUUGUGAGAAGCAUUAUAACCAGUUGUUUGGAGACGUGUGUUUUCACUGUAACCAUGUGAUUGAAGCAGAUGUGGUUUCAGCUCUGAAUAAGUCCUGGUGUGUGCAAUGUUUCGCCUGCUCCACCUGUAACACCAGACUCACUCUCAAGAAUAAGUUUGUGGAGUUUGAAAUGAAGCCCGUGUGUAAGCGAUGCUAUGAGAAGUUCCCCUUGGAGCUGAAGAAACGUCUGAAGAAACUCUCUGACAUGAAAACCCGGAAGUAAGCUGCACACAGAAUGUUUCAUUGCUCUCAAACCUGUGUACUUUAUCACAUUCCCUCUCUGCUCAAUGACACCCAAUGCCUGAUGUCCAUGACGUACAGAACACAUCCCCAACAAAUCUGAACCAGCAUCCAUUGUAUAUAAGGAAAAAGCAGACAGGUUUAACUGACACAAACAUCUUAUACAUAGUCUUUAUGACCAUCCUCUGGGACCCGGGCUUGAAUCUAACCUUAAUUGAUGAAAUAAAUGUUUUAAUUGUUCUCCAACCGACAUAAGAAUCCAAAGUGAACAUUUAGGGAGUCUCAACGCAAAACUGCACACUGUACUUAAUAAUUGGUACCAGAUUUUCAGUCCCAGUAAGAAAAUAAUUGGUAUGAGUAAUGGAAAAAGAGGAUUACUGUAUGGGGCUAGGUUCGGAACCAGAAGGGAGGUUCUAACCUUGCAAUUCCUGACCUGAGCAUAACUAAUAUUGCAAUGUAAAGGGAACUUGACCUUGCAACAAGAGCCCUGCACAUCAGUCCUGAGAGAGAUAAUGGGAAUGGAAUAGAUAGGAGGUUUAUCAUAAAUCUAACCUAUGUUAUACUUGACAUGGGAAUGUUUGAUGGGACAGUGCAGUCCAAAAUUUAACGUCCAUCUAACCUAUGCUACUCUUGAUCGGGGACUGUGAAUAGGACAAUGCAGAGCAAGUCUUCAUACUGUAGCCAACUUAGGUUGCAAACAAAUUGAUGUAGCAGGAACUGACAUGAUCAUUUUGAUUUUAAAAAAUCCCCAAAAACGUUAAAAAUACAGUUAGACUGUGAGUGGAUGAAAUGUGUGGAGAGGAAAUCUGCAAUGUUGGGGUUUGUGGCAGGUGUCAUCCAGACACGGGAAGCUUGGUGUCAGUUGUGGAGAAAGGUGACCUCAGAAGAUACCCUUUAGGGAGAUUCGGGACAAUCAGUAAAAUUACUAGCUCCUGGUGUUGUAAACUUCUGGGAUGAUCUGCUGGACUUGACAGCAAUGAGAACUGUUUUUUCCCCCAAACCAAAUGUAGCAUAUACAUUUCCCAGCUGUGUAAACCUAAUAUUGUAACAUUUAUAAUGCUGUUUAUAGCCCUGGUCUAUAUUUGGACCAGUCGUGGGCCUAAGUAAGCUUAAUAAACUGCUGCUUGUGUUCUGGUUGAGAUAAAUC